AUGUCUGAUAGUAGAUAUUCGCAAGUGGAGAAUAGCAACAAUAGGAGACUUGAUGAGUUAUCUAAUAAGCUUUCCACGUUUAGAAACAUAAACAGAGAUAUAGGUUCGCAGGCUGCAGCCGACAAUUCCUUUAUCGAUGAGAUGCAGAAUUCUUUUGGUGCGCUUAUGUUAAAUAUCAAGAACUCAUCAACUAGGUUAGCAAGGUCAAUGUUAGCAGGGAAUAAUAUUUGGAGAAUGGUUGGGCUUUCUCUAUUAGUGUGUUUUAUAAUAUACAAUAUGUUUAAAUUGUUCUAA